CAAUCCCCAUUUCCAUAUCAAGUUUAGGCUCAACAGGAACAGCAGAAAUUUCCACCAGCAUAGCGACUCCAUCCAGCCUGAUCAUGAGCACACAACCACCCACAAGUUCAGCUAUUGAAUCCACUUUUUCAUAUUCUACAAUCCCCAGUUCAAUACUAAGUUCAGUCUCAACAGAAACUAUUUCCACCAUCACAGCUACUCCAUCCAGCCUGAUCAUGAGCACACAGCCAGCCACAAGUCCAGCUAUUGAAUCCACCUUUUCAUCUUCCACAAUCCCCAGUUCAAUACCAAGUUCAGUCUCAACAGAAACACUUUCCACCAUCACAGCUACUCCAUCCAGCCUGAUCAUGAGCACACAGCCACCCGCAAGUUCUGCAGUUGAAUCCACCUUCUUAUCUUCCACAAUCCCCAUUUCAAUAUCAAGUUCAGACUCAACAAGAACAGCAGACAUUUCCACCAGCAUAUUGACUCCAUCCAGCCUGAUCAUGAGCACACAGCCACCAGCAAGUUCAACAGUUGAAUACACCUUCUCAUCUUCCACAAUCCCCAUUUUAAUAGCAAGUUCAGGCUCAAUAGAAACAAUUUCCACCAUCACAGCAACUCCAUCCAGCCUGAUCAUGAGCACACAGACACCCACAAGUUCAGCAGUUGAAUCCACCUUCUCAUUUUCCACAAUCCCCAUUGUAUCAUCAAGUUCAGUCUCAACAGGAACAUCAGAAAUUUCCACCAGCAUAGCGACUCCAUCCAGCCUGAUCAUGAGCACACAGUCACCAGCAAGUUCAGCAGUUGAAUACACCUUCUCAUCUUCCACAAUCCCCAUUUCAAUAUCAAGUUCAGGCUCAACAGGAACAGCAGAAAUUUCCACCAGCAUAGUGACUCCAUCCAGCCUGAUCAUGAGCACACAGCCACCCACAAGUUCAGCAGUUGAAUCCACCUUUUCAUCUUCCACAAUCCCCAAUUCAAUAUCAAGCUCAGUCUCAACAGAAACUAUUUCCACCAUCACAGCAUCUCCAUCCAGCCUGAUCAUGAGCACACAGCAACCAGCAAGUUCAGCAGUUGAAUCCACCUUUUCAUCUUCCACAAUCCCCAUUUCAAUAUCAAGCUCAGUCUCAACAGAAACUAUUUCCACCAUCACAGCUACUCCAUCCAGCCUGAUCAUGAGCACACAGUCACCAGCAAGUUCAGCAGUUGAAUACCCCUUCUCAUCUUCCACAAUCCCCAUUUCCAUAUCAAGUUCAGUCUCAACGGAAAAUAUUUCUACCAACACAGCUACUACAUCCAGCCUGAUCAUGAGCACACAACCACCAGCAACUUCAACAGUUGAAUCCACCUUCUGGUCUUCCACAAUGCCCAUUUCAAUAUCAAGUUCAGUCUCAACAGAAACUAUUUCUACCAUCGCAGCUACUCCAUCCAGCCAGAUCAUGAGCACACAGCCACCAGCAAGUUCAGCAGUUGAAUCCACCUUCUGGUCUUCCACAAUCCCCAUUUCAAUAUCAAGUUCAGGCUCAACAGGAACAGCAGAAAUUUCCACCAGCAUAGCGACUCCAUCCAGCCUGAUCAUGAGCACACAGCCACCCACAAGUUCAGCUAUUGAAUCCUCCUUUUCAUAUUCUACAAUCCCCAGUUCAAUACCAAGUUCAGUCUCAACAGAAACACUUUCCACCAUCGCAGCUACUCCAUCCAGCCUGAUCAUGAGC